GCAUUUGACAAGUGGUGCUUAUAAAGUAUAGUAGUUAAUUAAAAUAUAAACAAUAUUAUUAAGUAAUAGUUUAUAGCCGCAGUUUCCAUGGCAAUUCUCCUAAAUGAUCAGGUUUACACCAAAUCAUUCACUCCCAGAGAGUAUCAGGUGGAACUUCUCUACACAGCGAAAGAAAGAAACAUUAUAGUAUGUUUAGGAAAAAACUCGGAACAAACGUUUAUUGUGAUAAAGUUGAUUCAAGAGCUUUCCGUUUGUACUAGAAGAUUAUUGUCCAAAGGAGGAAAACGGGCGAUUUACAUUUUAAGGGACCGGGAAAAGUGUUUGAUAAAAGCAAGUUAUGUUCGCCAAUUGACUGACUUGAAAGCAAUUAUUUGCGAUUCUGCAGUAAAUCCAGACUUCGAAGAACAAUUUUCCAAUGUUCAGGUGAUAGUAACAACCGCCGAAAUAUGCGCACAGUUAGUCAAAGAAAAGAAAAUACUUGCGAAUCAAAUAAAUUUAGUAAUAGUUGAUCAGUGCCAUAAAUCAUUGGGAGACAGCACACUCGAUUACAUCCUCCGGUAUUUUUUAUCCAGUGAAGAUGUGCCCAGAAUCGUCGGGCUUGCUGUGCCCUUAUUUAAUCUAACGAAAAUUCCUGGACGAAUUGGUCUCGAAAUAGAGAGAAUCGAGGCUCUUUUUCAAUGCGAAAUAGAAACAGGGAGCGACAUCAUAUCGAUACUUCGUUAUAGCCCAAAGCCAAAGGAACUCGUGAUAGAAUACGAUGAGGGAGAAAAAUCAAAUUUAUGCUAUGCCCUUGAAUGUUGUGCGAACCACGCUAUGCAUUUUUUAAAUGAUCACCGCUACGACCCAACAGAAAUUUACACCGAAGAAUUUCUCGAGGAUAUUCAAAAGAUUCCUGAUCCUACACAAAAACCCUGUGAGAUGAUUGAAGAUUUUUUGUAUAUUCUUAAAACUCUUGGACCUUGGUGUGCUGAUCGAGCGGCUCUUGCACUUAUUAUGUUAAGUGAGAAACUAAAAAUUAAAACUCCCUAUGAGAGGCAUUAUCUUCUUUUUAAUAUGGUGGAGUCAGUAUUUAUAAAAAUAAGAGCUUUAUGCGAUGAUGCUUUUGAAUCCUUCAGCGAUAAAGAAAAGAUUUACAAGUUCUCGACUCCAAAAGCACACAGAUUGUUGAAAGUAUUAAAAACUUAUACACCAUUUCAUAAAAAAGAACCAAAGAAUGAGGCUAAAAAUGUUCUAGAUUCGAAAAAGCAAAUACCAAAUUACAGGGAACCGUUUAAAAGGUCUGGAAAUAAUUGGCGAUCGAAUGAAGACGGUUUUAAAAAACCUCCGAGGCCUCGAUAUCUUCGUGGAAUCACAGAUCCUGAUUUACUCUGUGGGAUAAUUUUUGUGAAUAAGGGAUUCACUGCCAAGAUUUUGUUUUAUCUCCUAAAUGAGGUAAGUAAGCAUGAUGAAGACUUGCAUUUUCUCUCCCCACUUUAUACGAGUGAAAAAUCAAAUGAGGACGUUAGUUAUUCUCGUGAUGUUGCCAUGGAGCACAAAAAACAGGAAGAAGUUUUGAAACGGUUCCGCAUUCACGAGUGUAAUUUACUAAUUGCUACUUCGAUUUUAGAAGAAGGAAUUGACAUUCCAAAGUGCAAUCUUGUGAUGAGGUACGACUUUCCGAAGAAUUACCAAUCUUACGUACAAUGUAAAAGUAGAGCAAGGACAGUGGAAGCUCUACAUAUUCUUUUGGUGCCGCAAGAUCAAUCCAAAGACUGCGUUUGGCAACUUGCUCAGUAUCAUUACAUUGAAAAGAUUCUACUAGUUAAAUGUUCGAAUAACGAACCAAAAGAUGAGGAAGAAAUAGAAGCUGAUAAAUAUGCAGAUAUCAUUCCACAUUAUAAACCUUUGGAGGGAGACGAUGCAGCAAAAGUCUCCUUCAAUUCUGCUAUUUCUUUAGUUAAUAGAUAUUGUGCGAAAUUACCAAGUGAUACGUUUACGAGAUUAACUCCAGAAUGGAGUACACAAGUCGUUGAAGUCGAUAAUAAAGUAAUGUACGUUUGUUCCUUGCGUCUUCCGAUCAAUUCUCCUGUAAAGUACGUCGUUUCGUCUUAUCCAAUGCCAAACAGAGCGAUGGCUCGAAGGAUGGCUGCUUUGCAAUUGUGCGUCGAGUUGCACAGAGGAAACGAAAUCGACGAUAAUCUCCUUCCAAUUGGUAAAGAAAAUUUUAAAUCUAAACCCGAAGAUGCAGAAGUGCCGGCUUUGCCAGAUGAAAGUAGAGCUGAUUUUUCGGAAGCUAGGCCCGGAACUACAAAACGCAGACAAUAUUAUUACAAAAAGACUGCUGAAGCAUUGAUAGACUGCAGACCGGUGGUUGGAAAACCGUCUUAUUUAUAUCAUAUAAGCAUGGUUUUAAGCUGCCCCUUGCCCGAGGAACAAAAUACUAGGGGUCGCAAAAUUUAUCCGCCUGAAGAUUCGGAUAUAGGAUUUGGAAUUCUGACCCUCAAAGAAAUUCCCACACUUUGCCCUUUUCCAAUUUAUACAAGAUCAGGGGAAGUGCACGUAACACUUACGCUUAGCAAGCAAACUGUGAUGUUAGAUGAAAUUCAAAUUAAUAGGAUGGCCAAUUUUCUUAAUUACACGUUUACCAACGUCUUGAGGCUUCAAAAGUAUCUAAUGCUCUUUGAUCCUAACGCCUCAGAAAAUUCCUACAUUAUCGUUCCCGUAAAGAAAGUGUUGACGAUGGAUGGUCCUGAUAUUAAAGUCAAUUGGGAAUUUCUCGACUGCAUUUAUCAAAAUAGGGAUACGAUUCCUAAACAGGUUUCUGAGGAGCAGAGAAAAAAAUUCAAGUUUGAUGCUUCGAAAUAUCAUGAUGCUGUGAUAAUGCCUUGGUAUAGAAACAAAGAUCAGCCACAGUAUUUUUACGUGGCUGAAAUAUGCCCGAGUCUGAGUCCAAAGUCUUCGUUUCCUGGUGCAGACUAUAAUACGUUCGAAGAAUAUUAUCUGAAGAAAUAUGAUAUACAAAUACAGAACUUAGGUCAACCUUUACUAGAUGUCGAUCACACAUCUGCAAGACUGAAUUUUUUAACUCCGAGAUAUGUGAAUCGUAAGGGCGUAGCUCUACCCACAAGUAGUGAAGAAACGAAAAGAGCAAAGCGAGAGAACCUGGAGCAGAAACAAAUCCUGGUUCCUGAAUUGUGUGCUAUUCACCCUUUUCCCGCAUCUUUAUGGCGACAGGCUGUCUGUUUACCCUGCGUUCUUUACAGAAUAAAUGCUCUACUCUUAGCUAAUCAAAUUCGUUGUCAAGUCGCACAAAUGAUAAACCUAGGAGAAGAAAAUUUACCUUUAGAUUUCGAAUGGCAACCUUUGGAUUUUGGCUGGAGUCUCGCAGAAGUCUUAAUAAAAUCGAAAGAAAUAGAGAAAGCAAACGAGGAAAAAAAGAAAGCUCUCACAGGUGCACUUUCAAAUGAAGUUUCUUCUAGAAACGACAAACCACCCAAAUCAGAAAUCAAGACGAGCAAAAAAAUCAAAGAAAUUCCCUCUGCUGAUGAAAACUAUUCCCUCAGUUCAAAUGAAAACGAAUUGGAAAUCGGCACUUGGUCCAACGAUAUGGCAAUAACUACCAUGGAUUUUAAUUCUAAGGAAGCUUUUCCUCUAGAUAUAUCGGCUUUGGAACAAAAUUUCACUUGGAAUGACGUUCGUUACGGUUCCCCGACCUACGAAUCUGACGAUGCUUACGAUUCCGAUGAAACUUACAGUGAUGGAUUAGGAGGUUCUUCCGACGACAGUGAAGAAGAAAAUCGAGGCUUACGAAUUGAAUACAUGGGAGAAAAUGUCGCUGAAGCUGUCGAGGAUGAAAAACAAAUUUCCAAAAGAGAAAUCAACAAGAAGAUCCUGGAACUUCUCGAAAGCGAAAAGAAUUUAAUUGAGAAUUCUUGGAUUUACGAAGAGGAGGAUGACGAGGGCUUAGAGAAACAUAGAUUAGCUCACUUUCAAUUCGCAAAAAUUAGGGAGGAACAUAUCAUGAAGAAUGGAUCUUUUAUUCCUAGUGAAUUAGAUAUUGCGAUAUCAAGAAAAAAUUCUAUAGAGGCAUCGAGCGAGGGGACAAAUUCUGAUUUUAAAUAUAGGAAUUAUAUCGAGAAGAUCGCUGGUCGAUUUAAGGAACACAUAUCGGAUAGAAAACCUUUGCAAAAAAUUUUGAAAAAGCAAAAUACGAUGGAGGUGGUGCGAAAUGAGGAUGAGGAACUUUUUAGUUUUGAUUCUCAGCCGGAAUUGAGAGGGCAUCCGGGACCAAGUCCUAGUUUAAUUUUACAAGCUUUGACCAUGUCGAAUGCUAAUGAUGGAAUUAAUUUGGAAAGACUGGAGACGAUUGGGGAUUCUUUUCUUAAGUAUGCGAUUACGACGUACUUGUAUUGCACUUAUGAUAAUAUUCAUGAAGGAAAAUUGAGUCAUUUGAGGUCUAAACAGGUCAGUAAUUUGAACCUCUACCGACUGGGAAGACAAAAAGUCUUGGGUGAAAGCAUGAUCGCUACGAAAUUCGAGCCUCACGAUAAUUGGUUGCCACCUUGUUAUUACGUUCCAAAGGAACUCGAGCAGGCCUUAAUCGAAUCCGGAGUUCCGUCGACACUUUGGAAUCAAGCUGAUAUGCCAACUUUGCAAGCCGUCAAUCCAACCGAAAUAACUCAACUCGUUCGAGAAACGGAACAUAAGCUUGAAAUUAUGAAAAUUGAGCUCGACAAAAGUGAAAACCAACCAGCUGACGAGUUAGAAAAUUUGAGGUGCUUCAUUCCAUAUAAUUUAAUCACACAACACAGUAUUCCAGACAAAAGUAUUGCUGAUUGUGUGGAAGCUUUGAUCGGGGCUUAUUUAAUUGCGUGUGGACCAAGAGGUGCUCUUUUAUUUAUGGCUUGGUUAGGAAUUCACGUUUUACCUACAGAGAUGGUUUCUGUGGUCCAGGAAACGGAACCUGAGGAAAGACCGCCGGGUAGCACUCCUUAUCUUAAGGAAAAAGAUGAACAAGGGCAAACUAGUUGGAAACAGAUCCGAUACGGAAAAUUGGAAGAACCACAGAAUCCGUUGCUCGAAUAUAUCCCGAAUCCCGAAAGUGAAUUAGAAAUAAUGCUGGAUGGAUACGAUUUACUUGAAGAAAAAAUUGUAUACAGAUUCCAAGACAGAAGCUAUUUAUUGCAAGCUUUCACGCACGCUUCCUAUCAACCAAAUCGACUAACCGAUUGUUACCAGCGAUUGGAAUUUCUAGGCGAUGCCGUUUUAGAUUACUUGAUAACGAGGCACUUGUACGAAGAUUCCAGGCAACAUUCGCCAGGGGCUUUGACUGAUUUAAGAUCAGCUCUAGUAAAUAACACGAUUUUUGCAUCCCUCGCUGUGAGAUGUGGGUUUCAUAAAUAUUUUAGACACUUGUCGCCCGGAUUGAGUGUCGUUAUUGACCGUUUUGUAAGAAUUCAAGAGGAAAAUGGACACUCCAUCAGCGAAGAGUAUUAUUUGAUUGGAGAGGAAGAAUGUGAAGAAGCGGAAGACGUUGAAGUACCAAAAGCACUCGGAGACGUGUUUGAAUCUCUCGCUGGAGCAAUUUAUUUAGACAGUGGGAUGUCUCUCGAUGCAGUUUGGGGAGUCUACUACAAAAUUAUGAAAUCCGAGAUCGAACAAUUUAGCACAAACGUUCCUAAAUCGCCAAUUCGAGAAUUGCUGGAAUUGGAACCCGAAACGGCGAAAUUCGGAAAGCCGGAAAAAUUAGCAGACGGUCGAAGAGUCAGAGUGACGGUUGACGUUUUCGGAAAAGGAUCUUUCAAAGGAAUUGGUCGCAAUUAUCGAAUCGCUAAAUGCACGGCGGCGAAAUGUGCACUUAAAAAAUUAAAAAGAAUGCAGAGUUACCAGAAAGAAAAACUAUGACAAUGAUUGUAAAUAAUUACGACAAUUUAAACUAAAUUUUAGAUUCCAAUUUUAUGUAUAGAAUUGCACUCUCGAAAGUCACAAUAAUUGUGAAUACUCUGAAAGUAAUCAAAGUGCUAACGUGUUCGUACAAUGAACUCUAUUCUUCGGAAGUAACAUAUUUAUAAGGUUUUUAAUGUUUAAAUGAUAUUCUUUGUACAAUAUAAAAUUUUUUAAAUUGUAAGACAAUGGAUUUCGAAAGUCUUUCGAGGUUUGAUGUGUAAAGUUCGAUUAAAAUUUAUAACAUUAGAGGAUUCUCUGUUUUAUUGAUUAGAAAAAGUGUGCCACUCAAAAUUUUAUCAAUCUUUUUUAAGAGCGACAGUUUUCUUAAAUGAAUGUAUACAAAGACUGUGGAAUCGUGCAAUUAUUAAACUUCUUUUAUUAUUAA